ACAAAAAUGUUCGAAAAUAAAUUUAAAGUAUGUAGAAAUAUUAUGAUCCUUGCCUUGCUACUUGAUAUGUUAAGUGUGCGGCGGGUUGCGUCGCUGAGAUGCGAUACUUUUUAUGGUGUUCGCGAACGCAGAACCCCUAAUUCGGUUACUUGCACAGCACGUGCGGUUGAAAAGACGGUUGAAGCAAUGGAGGAUUUGUUCGAGAAUGUGCCAAAACUUCAUAACGGUACCUACGUGUGUUUGAAAUCGAUUGUGAUCAGGAAACGGAAUGGAAUGUAUUUGGAAACAAAAGGCUGCGUGUAUUGCGAAAUGGAUGCAUGUUCCUUGCAAGUACAAAAGACCGCAGAUAAAUUUGAAGUCGACGUUUGUGAAAUUUGCAAUACAGCAGAUUGCAAUUUAGCGGGCUUUCUUGGGAGCACUUGGAACAUCAUUCUGGGAGCAUUACUGUCUUUACAUCUAACUAAUACCUGUGUGCAUUAGCAAACAAAAAGCCAAGAUUAUAUCCUUAACAAUAAAGCUUUGUUUCAACAACGUCAGAAGGAAGUUGCCAAAAUUUGCUAUGGAAGAUAUAAGCAAACUUGUCAGAUAAGAAAAUCGUUUAUUCUACUUCAGGCAUAAUAUAAAAUAUUCACUGUUGUACUGUA